ACCGAUGAGGGCGAAAACCUCCUCGGCGCUGGGCCACGCUCGCUCCUACAAGAUGCACUGCUUGGACAACGACAUCAACCAACACUUCCAGGAUGCCAUCGACGUCAUCCGGCAGCAGCAUUCGGGUCAUCCCUACUACGACUCAGAGUACACGUACUACGACCCUCUGGGCGCUCAGCAGUGUCAGGUCUCCUACUGCCUGGUCGGCGCCCACUCUGACGUUCCGGCCCCCUUGUACGACUGGCACGACACCGGCGCGCAGCAGCAGCAGCAGCAGCAGCAGCAGACGUGGUGUCAGGUGUUGCCCGAAGUCUCCCCAAAACAAAGCGAACCCCCUCACUUCUACCCAUCCCAGCGCCUGCCGCCGCCACAGAGGAGCAACAGAGGUCGCAAGAAGCUGCGCCUGUACGAGUACCUCCACGAGGCCCUCCACGACCCCAACAUGGGCGACUCCAUCCAGUGGAGCGACAGCGAAAGCGGAACCUUCCACUUCGUGUCCAAGAACAAGGAGCGGCUGGCCGAGUCUUGGGGCCAGCGCAAGGGCAACCGCAAGACCAUGACCUACCAGAAGAUGGCCCGGGCACUGCGCAACUACAGCCGCACGGGCGAGAUCGUCAAGGUGCGGCGCAAGCUCACCUACCAGUUCAACCCCGAGGUCUUGCACAGGCUGGGCUCGGGGCGGGCGCCGCCCGGCCCGGCGGCGCCCGACUGGCAGGGCUGGUACGGGCAGUGCCCGGCGCAGAACUACGAGCACGGCUUCAACGGGCCUUGUUGAAGACAUUCACAGACUUGAUGGCCCAAAUCAUGUCAUAACUUGACUUUUGCGUUGUUCUGGUUACGUGUCCAAUGAAUUGAUCCCACUGAAAUGAAUCAUUUAGGUGCUCUCGCCCUCAAAACCACACCCCAAUUUCUUGUGUCAUGUUUCUGCACACUGCGUUGUAAGAGGUGAUUCUAAAAUUGCAAAGAAAUAAACUGGUUUUACAUGGACGUGAUUUGUUUACCACGCUUUGAGUUAGAAAUGGAGCAUCUUAUCCACGCUCCUUGCAAGUGUUUUGGUUUUAUUUUUGUGCGACUGACUGUUUGUCGUCAAGGGCACCACUGCAAG